AUGGAAGCAGCCAACGAUCAAGAGACGACAUCAACCAGUUUAGCUCAUAUUUUGGCGGCUGACAGUCCCAUUUUCAGCGAUGAAUCGUCAAAGAAAGCGAAACAACAAAAGACAAAUGUGUCAACCGAUCGAUUGCCUGGGCCAUUCUACGCCGAUAAUUUGCAAAUCAACAAGGAUAAUGUGAAUGACCUAGUGCGAUUAGCUGACAAAUACCACGCCAAAGACUGUAUGACAAAAUGCAUUCAGUUUCUGAAAGAGAUUUUGAACGUUGACAGUGUAUGUUUCGUGCUUGAUGUGGCUUGGGGUAGCAGUUGGAUGGUUUUGGCUGCGGUUCACGGACUUUGCAUCGACAUUGUGUACGAACAUUUUGAUGCGGUGAUUGAAACGCGUGGAUUUUCAACCUGCCGGCCAGGCACAUUGCAAACCAUUCUGUCGCAGCACCCAAGUAGCCGGCAUGAAUUCAAUGUGGUCGAUGCAGUUGUGAAAUGGGCUCAAAAUGCAUGUGUGAAAAAUGGAAUCGAUUCGACGAAUCCACAACAUCUUCGCAAAGCAAUUGGUGCCAACUUUAAUUUGAUUGACUUCGGCGCUAUGACUGAAAUAGACUUUUUCACCUGUCAAUUGGAGCAUCGGCUUUUGAGCGAACACGAAAUCGGUGAACUAGUGGAUAAAAUGUCCGAUAAAAAGUAA